AUGCCUCUUCAAGGGAUCCGGACGGUUACGGCCGCUAGAAACGGUGUCGGUGCCUUUAUCCUACAAUGCAAGCGGUUGGAUUUCCACUACUGUGACUGGGCUGGUAGUUCCCGGGGCAUGGUUGCCUACCUCAAGCACCACCUUCCUGCCUUCGCGAAAGCAAACCCUCAGAUCGAAAUCCGGGUAUCACCGCGGCCACACAAGCACCCCGUAAUCAAGGGACACUACAUCAACGGACGGGAGAAGGCGGUUUGCGUGCGGAAUCUCGAGCCUGAGCAAAUAGGCAAGAAGGCCGAUCUGUUGAAGCAGGCCAGCGGAGAGAAGUUGAAGCGCACCAAGAAGCCCGUCACGAGUAUCAACGAGAGUGUCAGAGGCAUCUGGUCCCCGUACCACGGUGGCUACAAGUCGGUGUAA